AUCAAGAAUGACCCAGUACCAGUCAUCACCCGGGUCACCGUCUCACAACAGCAACCGCGUCCGGCACACCCUUGCGCGUCAACCACCCAGCCGUCACUCAUGACCGUCUCACUCACAAUGGAUCGAUCGCCUACCCGUCACGCCACCGUAGACCCUGCUAGCGUCGCUAAGUCUCCUUCCAAUGUCACCGAAGACCCCUUGCUCUUCCCGGCUGACAGAGACUCUCCACAGCACCCAGCAGCCGCGCCUCUACUGGCCCGCGAGAGGACAGCAUCACCAGCCGACGAUGAGCGCGUCAUCGACCACCAGCCUGGGGAGGAACAUGCAACUGUGACCCACACGCACCCGCCACCUACCAGGAUCGCUGUCAUGGACGGAGUCACCAACACUGCCCUCGCCGCAGUCGACGACCAGGUCACCAACGCUGACCCAGCCGCAUUCAGCCACCAGGUCACCAACACUGCCCCAGCCGCAGUCAGCCACCAGGUCACCAACACUGACCCAGCCGCCGUCAACCAGCCGGUCACCAACACUGCCCCAGCCGCAGUCAGCCACCAGGUCACCAACACUGCCCUGGCCGCAGUCACCGACAAGGUCACCAACACUGCCGCCCCAGUAGUCAACAACCACAUCACCAGCCCUCCGCCCAGCCAAGCACCGAACCUAGCCGUGAUCCAGAUAGACGGACAGACUCUACCCCGGAUCCCUGUCAUCCUCGCGGGUAAACAACUACACGCUCUACUCGAUUCAGCCGCAACGCACAACUUAGUGAGAGCUGCCCACCUCGACCACGGUACACGGAUCCAACCGCUGAAGCUACCUGUACUGCUGGCCAACCGUCCCACUAGCUGCGAAAUGGCCAUACAAGGACAUCUGGAACUCCAGAUCCAACAGCACAUUCAAAAUAUUCCCUUCCUAGGUCUACCUGACCUAUGCAAAGACAUCAUCUUGGGACGACCAUGGUUUCGGGAGAAUAAGGCAGUGCUUGACUUUGAGCAAGACAGGCUAAUAUACGGCAAGACGCAGCGAGAUACGAUCUUCUGGAUAGCGCAACCACCAGUCUCAGUAGAGAUGGACACUCACCUGGUUGACAAGUUACUAGAAGACACGCCCAGCGACCAGCACCGACAGUUAACAGUAUUACUGCAACAACAUGCAAAAUUGUUCAUGGAGCAGAUGCCACCCUCCAUCACCACGGCCGCCACCAUGACAAUUCAACUCAACAGCUCAGAAAUACGCAGCCAGCGGCCUUACCGAUACUCACGGGAGAAACUGCAAAUUAUUGAGUCCGAAGUUGCCGCCCUCAAGGAACGCAACCUGGUAGAAGCCAGUGAUUCGCCUUACAACUCUCCAAUCGUCGUUGUCCCCAAGAAGGACGGCACAUCACGGUUCUGCAUGAUUACUGAUGGCUGA